GCAGGUGGUUCUGCAUUCUGGUCUUGGCCACCCAGCCCGUCGUGAUCGUCACUGCCACGGCGUGGCAAGCGAAGGUGCGAAGGAACGCACCAAGGCGCACUCUAUCACGAGGGCUUCUUUAUACCGAGCCUGAGGGCCAUGAGGGCCUCCAUUUCUGGCCGGGAUGCAUGCAGAGGUGUGGGUGCCGGGCCGUUUCCGGCUGUUUUGAGAAAAUGCUCAGAUUCCUCAAGAGCUGGGAAGGCCGGCACUGGGUCAUGGUCGUGAAUGCCUGCAUCAGUGCUACAGUGUGCUUGUAUCAAUAUGUGCAGUCGAACUGCGGCCCGCGAGAAUCCGUUCUGGCUGUGGUGCUUUGCUUUGGGCUGCUAUCAAUGUUUACAGGUAUCUUAGCUCUGUCAUCUGACCCUUUCCGGCUGCCAGAGAAGCUGGAUCGGCACUUUCGCUGGAGCGUCCUGUGGAAGGUCGACAUGCUAGCCUGCAAGGUCGUGUUGCUGGCCAUACCUCAAGCCAGCUCAGUGGUGGAGAUGGAUUCCAUCAUGAGCUGUGGUUUCGAUGCGUUCUGUCCCAGUGACUGCGUGAAUCAAGGCGGAUACUGUACACGCUUUGCCAGUGCUGGCAGCCCGGUGUGCAAAUGCAGCAUGCCGGAGGUGAAUUGGGCAGUGUACAUCCUGACUGCCAUCACCAGCUUUCUUCUCUGCAUGCUGACGUUGAUGGACCUGGCUGCCUUCUGGUCAGCGCGCCUCACACCUUGGCGCGAAUCCGGACUGCGCCGCCUCAGAGGUGCCCUGGGAUUGGUUGGAGCAGCCGGAGUGAACUUUACGAGCUGCCUCUUCGCGCUGUUGGUGUCCGUGGCGCCGGCGGAAUGCUACCUCCUCGACCUCUCCACCGCACUGGCCUCCGUUCUUCCACUCGUUCCCUUGACACUGGUCGCCAACGAGGCCAGAUGGAUCCUCGCAACGUGGAAGGCUCGCGAAGCGCCGCACGUGUUGAUCUGGUCAUCCUCGGGAUUGCGCAUCCUCACCUUCCUCACCUGCGCGGCAUCAGCAGUGUCCACCGCGCACUUGGCAUGGAAGCCAACACAAGGCCUUUCGGACACUUGCCGCGCCGUGCAUUGGAGCACCCUUGGCGUUUGCUUCCUUUGCGCCCCCUUCUCGCUGGCCUGCAGCCUAAUUCGUGCCCGAACUCCACCCAGCACGCAGAACCCCCUCUGUGAGGGGGUGGCGGACAGCAACGCGGGGUAG